AUUUUAAAAAGAUGAAGGACUGGGGUGCAAAUGUUGUUCGUCUUUCUCUAUCACAAGAUUUUUGGUUAAAGAAAGCUAGAAGAUUCUAUCCAUGGUAUAAAAGCAAUGUUAGAAAAUGUGUCAAUGAAAUUAGAUCAUUGGGAAUGUAUGUAAUAUUGGAUCUACAUUGGAGCGAUGAUGGAGAUCUAAAUCAAACCUACCCUAGUCAAAAAGUAAUGGCUGAUGAAAACUCAAUUCAAUUUUGGAAAGAAGUUGCUUUUCUAUAUAAAAACGAUACCAGUAUAUUAUUUGAACUAUAUAAUGAGCCACAAUUACUAAGCUAUAAAAUAUGGAUGCAUGGAGGUACUCAUUCCAAUGGUAAAAAAUAUGUCGGAAUGCAACAGCUCUAUGAUGCAGUAAGAUCAAUGGGUGCAGAGAAUGUGGUAAUUGUUAAUGGUGUAAAGUGGGCAUAUGAUCUCUCUGGAAUUAAAAAUCAAAAGAUCAAUGGUUACAAUAUAAUGCUUGGUACUCAUCCAUAUGAUUUUCAAGAUAAGCAAUCAAUGUUUUGGGAUCAACAAAUAGGUUUUGCAAGUACAUAUUCACCAAUUAUUGCUACAGAGUUUGGAGAAUUUAAAUGUAAUGAUACAUUCGUAAAGUAUUUUUUAAACUAUGCCGAUUUACAUAAUAUUCAUUGGACCGCCUGGGCUUGGUAUCCUAAAGAUUGUUCAUUUCCUUCUAUUAUCAGCGAUUGGGAUGGUACUCCAAAUAAAAUCGGUGUAUUAAUUAAACAUGCUUUACAAGGCAAUAAUACAUUAUAUAAAAAUUCAAUUGUAAAGCCUUUAAACUACCAAGAAGAUUUUAUUAAUACUAUGAAAUAAACUUUUUCGUAAUUUUUUUUUUAAAUCAA